GGCAGCCGCGGCCCCGCAGGCCCCGCCCCGGCGGCGCUGCCCGGCUGGUUCCACAAGUUUUUGACAGUUUCUUAGCGGCCGAGGGAGAAGUCGAGUGUGCUGUGGCGGCGCUGGGCUGGGGCCGAGGCGCUCUCCGGAGGACGAAGCUCUUCCCAACGGCCGCCUCCCCGCCGGCAGCAUGUCUCGGGACCCCGAGGAGGUGAACAAGCUGACGGAGAGCACUUACAAAAAUGUUAUGGAACAGUUCAAUCCAGGACUGAGGAAUUUAAUAAAUCUGGGGAAGAAUUAUGAAAAAGCUGUUAAUGCUAUGGUAGUGGCUGGAAGAGCAUAUUAUGAUAGCCUUGCAAAGAUUGGGGAUAUAUCAGCUGAUUCUCCAGUUUCUAAAGAACUAGGCCAAGUUCUGGUAGAAAUUUCAAGAACACACAAGAAACUUAAUGACAGUCUAGAGGAGAGUUUCAAAAAAUUUCAUAAAGAAAUUAUAUCUGAACUGGAGAAGAAAACUGACCUGGAUGUAAAAUAUAUGAAUGCAACUUUAAAGAGGUACCAAACUGAACACAGAAGCAAAUUAGAUUCUUUAGAGAAGUCUCAGGCUGAGCUGAAAAAAAUCAGAAGGAAAAGCCAAGGAGCACGAAAUGUAAUGAAAUAUGAGCAUAAAGAAAUGGAGUAUUUGGAAACCGUGAGCUCUCGACAGAGUGAUAUUCAGAGAUUUAUUGCAGAAGGCUGCAGAGAAGCUCUCCUUGAAGAAAAAAGAAGGUUCUGUUUUCUGGUUGACAAGCACUGCAGCUUUACCCAGCACAUACACUUCUAUCACAUUCAGUGUGCGGACUUCCUAAAAUCCAAGCUGCCUGGGUGGCAGGAAAUCUGUAGUGAUGCCACCAAAGUGCCUGAAAAAGUCAGAAUGAUGAUAGACGAAAUAAGGACACCUAGUUCCACUCCAAUAUCAGGAACUCCACAGCCUUCACCAAUGAUAGAGAGAAAUACCAUGAUUGGAAGUGAUUUUUACUCUCAUCAUGAAAAUGCAUCAAAGGUGCCCCCUGCUCCUACAGGUAGGGCGUACACUAGUCCACUAGUUGAUAUGUUUAACAAUCCUGCAACGGUUCCGAAGACAUCUUCCGAAAAACUAAGUAAUUCAGCAGAGAAUUCAGAUGAUGCCAGUUUAUCACGUUCAACUUCUGUUGCCACAGGGCUAAAUAUAAUGAAAAGGCAAAAAGUAAAGACAAUCUUCCCACAUACUGCUGGAAGUAACAAAACAUUGCUUAGCUUUGCACAGGGGGAUAUCAUCACACUUCUUGUAGCUGAAGAAAAGGAUGGCUGGCUUUACGGGGAACAUGACACAACUAAAGUAAAAGGAUGGUUUCCAUCAUCGUAUACUAGACCACUAGAAGAACCAGCAGAAGAAAAAGCAUUUGUCCCAGUGCCAAGCCCUGCACCAAUCCGAAGUAUUAGUUCUGUAAAUCUUGUGGAAAAAGGUGAUGUUGUCCUCCCACCGCCAGACUAUCUGGGGUCUUUGCAAACAGAUAAAAGAAUGGAGUCUUCCAAAGGUACUACUGUUAAAACGCCAACUGACAGACCAGAAAAUGCAGGUCCAAAACCUGAUAUGAAUGGCAUUAUAAAACCACCUUUUCUAAGUGGAGAAAAUCCUUUUGCAACUGUGAAACUCAGACCAACAGUAACAAAUGACAGAUCAGCACCAAUUAUUCGAUGAAUAUACAGUCCACACACAUGUACUUCUUCCUUAUAAACACCAUUUUCAGUAAUGACAAUUACUAUCUAAAGUUGUUCUAAAAAUUUAUUUAAAUGUAAUUAUUGUACAAUAGAAUCAUACUGGAAUGGAUUUCUGAUUUUUUUUUUUUUUUUUAAACCUAUACUUUCUAAUGAGGCAAUUGCUUUGGGCUAAUGUUUGAGCACUUUGGCUUGAUUUUACAAUAUGCCUUUUCUUGUAGUAGGAAUUGUGAAAAUACUGGAGAUAGUUUGGAUGCUCUAGUAAACCAGUAUAACUAAUAGCUCACAAAUCUGAAUCUUUGGCAUUCAUUAUUUGGAAACUGCAAUGGUAAGUUCUAAAAUAUAAGCCUGCAUAUGCCACUUGCUAAAUAAGAUGAUUUUUUUUUCCAAACAGAACAAUGUAACAACUGCCUUAUUCCAGAAUAGAGAAUUACCUGUAUAAAGUGAUGAUACAUUAUUUUGUUCAAGACAGACACCCUAGGUUAUAAAUAAAUAUUUAUCCUUUAAGAAUAGACAAUUUGUAAUGCUUUGCUUAAUGUUCAGGUACAAAGUUUCAAAUGUUAACAUAAACCUAGUUUAAGUCUAAUGUUGUAUCAACACAUUCAAUAACUACUUCUUUUAAACAUGUUGUCAAGCUUUAGUCUUGUAAAAAGUCAUAAUAAAAGUGCCAUGAAUUUUUUUCUCAAAUUCUAAUAUAAAAAGCUGCCUUUGAAGUUAUUCCAUUACUGCAGCCUUCCACAACAGAAAAACAGAUUAAGCUUGCAAAUUUUUGGUUAAGGAGCCUAGCAAUGGCCUAAAUGCUAGCAUAGUAUAGUAUCUGAGUUAAGUGAAAUACACCUUUUAACUUCAGUCACAAGCAGAGUUGUACAGUUUGUUACCUCAGGCCCAGAUCUUCUAAAUCCAAUGGAGCUAGCUUGUCUGAAAAGAGUUUUCCUACAGUAAUAAUCAUCUCACAAAUUAGCCUAGAAUGUUAGAAACUGACUCUCCAUGCUGCAUCAGCGUGGAGUGCUUUAUCAAUGUACAGUUUGGGUGAUACUUCCCACCUCCUGUAUGAAGUCUGUAUUGUAACUACUGCCAGUGCUUAAUCCUUACUCUAAAUCAUUCUACUUCACAUAUGUACAUGCUUCCUUACAGCAUCCUAUGGUUAUUCAUUUUGUUGUGCCUGCUUCUAUUACUAUAAACAGUGAAUUCAAGUUGUGAAAUGCCUUUCAGUUACUUGAUACCAAAAAGACAGUAUAUGAGCAUGUAAUGGCUGCAGAGGUAGAGUCCACUCAUUCCACCUCUUUCUCUCACACUGCCUUUCAAGUUCAAGGCUGAGGACACUUCAUUUGCUAUGGAACCUUGCAAAAAUAUCCAUUAUCCCAUUUUGAAACACCAACUUUCCAGAAGUGUAACUUAUACCUCAGCCAGUUUUCUAAAGCAUAUUAGAGGCAAGUCAACCUAGACUGUAUAAGCUUUCAAUAAUAUAGUGUCAGAAGGAAAUAAUCUGAAAUGCAAAAAUCUUUACUUGGGGCAGCCCAUACUUGGCAGUGCCACAGCCUCUCUUUCUAGAGAAAAGUGCCCUGCUGCAGACAGAAGUUACUGGUGUCUGUGAACUAAUACCAGUUCCACAGUGUUAAGCAGCUUCUGCUACAGCAGAUAGGACACUGCCACUGCAGCCCGUGGAGGUCAUGUGUGUCCCCACAACCAAAACCUUCACUAAUUAAAAUAGAGCUUUUUCUGUUUGUUAUUACUAGUGCCUUCAGAAGACAGAGACUGUCCACUAGCAUAGUGGUAGCACACACAGCACUUGCAACCCUUUCCUCAAAAACAUCUGAAGUGCUUAAACAAGUAGAGCUGUA